AUGUCGCUUAAUCUCUUUCCUCCACUAACUGCUGAAUUUCUGGUAGCAGGUGGAGUGCCGUUCGGCGGGUACCCACAGCAACACCCGUACCCCAUGUACCCGCUACAGGGCUAUCCCAUGUCACCCUUCGGGUACCCUCAGCAGUUUCAAGAGGGAGCCGGCUAUGGGUUUCCACAGGGAGUGUUUCCGCCGUACGGUCCUCAGGGCUUUCCAGCGCAGCCAGGGAUGUUUGUUCCGCCUGUAGGGACAGCCACUCCUGGGGCCAUGUAUCCCGGAUAUCCUCCUGCCGCUUUCGGGCCGACGCAAGCGGCACAGGCAGCAGGGGGAUUUCCAGGAGGCCCUUCUAUGAUGCCGUCCGCUACGCAACCAGCUGGCGUUGCUGGCGUUGCCGGCGUUGGUGCUGCUGCGCAACCUUUUGGGUUCCAGCAGAUGCAAGGAGGACAACCCCAAGGAUUUCAGGGGACGGGCGAGCAGCAGCAGAUGGGAGGUGCCAGCCAGCUUGCAGGAGGCCCUGGGGCGCAAACAAGCCAAGGUGCACAGGAAGGGACCGGAGCAAUGCCAUCACAGCAGCAAUACGGAGUCCCCAUGCAAGGGGGCUCGGGCAGACGACAGGAAAAGCCGAGUGCGGGAAGGAGGCAAGAAAACUCAAGUCCGAGUGCGGGUAGACGCCAGGAAAAGGCGAGUGGGGGGCGAUCCGCUCACGCGGACUCUAGCAGGGUGCACGCGCAGGCGGCAGCGGCCGUGGAGCGCAUAUUGCGCGCGAACGAGACGAGGCGCGGGGGGUGCGCGGUGAAGGGGCUGACACUCGCGGAGGGCAACGUGGCGAAGCGCGCCACGCACGCCGUCACGUGCGAGACGCUGCGAUACCUGCCUGUGAUCAAGGAUCUCAUUGCCGCAACAGGCCUCGUUAACAGCAACUGGAUGAAGGCCAAGCCCCACCUGGUGUAUGUGCUCGUAUAUGACUUGGUGGUUUCUGGCAAGGGUACACUGGGGUCAGGAGCGGUGCAAAAGGGUACACUGGGGUCAGGAGCGGUUCAGAAGGUAGUGCUGUCACACAAGGCGGCUCUCAGAGCGGCGCUGGCUCGGGUGCUGGUGAAGCAGCGAGCUGCAUCAGUGGAGGAACUGCUUGGUCCCUCCAGUGACCCACCUGUUGCUGCCUAUGCUGCAUGUGAGUCCCGUGACUGCCUCCUCACAGUGGUGAAGCAGGGAGCAGCAUCAGUAGAGGAGCUGCUUGGUCCCUCCAAUGACCCGCCUGUUGCUGCAUUCACCUCCUCUCAGAGUGGUGCUUGCUUGGUUGCUGGUGAAGCAGCGAGCAGCAUCAGUGGAGGAACUGCUUGGUCCCUCCAAUCACACACGCGCUUUGCUAGUGCUUGUUCUUUCAUCUCUCCCCUUCCGCCCCCACUAUACCCCCGCUAUGCACGAGUCAACACCCUGCGGACCACCUCCGAUUCAGUGUUGGUGCACUUUCAGGCGGGCACUCCCCAAGAGAAUGGCGGCAAGGAGGGGGGGAUUGAUGCAGGCGCUAGCAGCAAAAGUGGGGAUGGUGAAAGUGGCGCUAGCAGCAGUGCAGAGAGUGCAGGUUUGAGGGUGGAGGGGGAGGUUUCAGUACAGCAGGACGAGCUGAUCCCAGACGUGCUUGUCUUUCCCCCGGGCACAGAGCUGCACCGGCACGCUCUGGUAGAGAAAGGCGACCUCAUUCUGCAGCUGAUUCCAGACGUGCUAGUGUUUCCCCCGGGCACAGAGCUGCACCGGCACGCUCUUGUGGUGGAGAGGGGUGACCUCAUUCUGCAGGGUCGCGCCAGCUGCUUCCCCGCGUUCAUCCUCGCGCCUCGCCCCGGGUGGCAUGUGUUGGACGCAUGUGCAGCGCCGGGCAACAAGACAUCCCACUUGGCUGCACUCAUGGCGAACACAGGGCGGCUCACAGCAUGCGAGAGAGAUGCCAAGAGAGCUGCUCUUUUGAGGAAGAAUCUGGACAAGGCCGGGGUGACGUGUGCACACGUGCAUGAGGGGGAUUUUCUCGCCAUCGACCCUGCCUCACCUGAAUUCGCCGAUGUGAGCUCCUCUCAUCUCCUAUCCUCCGACCCCUGUGUCGUGCAAGCCAUCCUGCUCAACCCCUCCGAGGAGACCUGCUCCUUUCUCAAUGGGAACCCCUUGCGGAGUAAUGAAGGAUUCGAAACGCAGCAAGUCGUGUGGUCGCCGUUGAAACCCCUCCGAGGAGACCUGCUCCUUUCUCAAUGGGGCCUCGUUGUGCGCCCCUGUGUUGCGUGUGUGCUGCUACAUCCUUCCCUCUCCCCCAAUUCCAGGGCUGGCGGGAGAGGGAGCAAGGGUGGGGAGAGUGGAAGGAGAGGUGGGGGGAGAGGCGGGGGGAGAGGCGAGGGGAGAGGCGAGGGGAGAGGUGGGGGGAGAGGUGGGGGAAGAGAUGGGGGAAGAGGCGGGGGGAGAGGGGGCAAGGAGGAGGGGAAUGGGGGGAUUGAAGGAGCAGAGGCCAGCAGCGGACGCCAGGGGGAGGACGAGCGGGUGGAGAGAUUGGCUCGUUUCCAGGAAGCCGCGCUGAGGCAUGCCCUCUCAUUCCCAGCAGCACAGCGCGUCACCUACAGCACAUGCUCCGUGAACGAGAGGGAGAACGAGGCAGUGGUAGCGGCAGUGCUCCCUCUGAAACCCCUCCCAUCAGCAGAGCGCAUCACCUACAGCACAUGCUCCAUCAACGAGAGGGAGAACGAGGCAGUGGUAGCAGCAGUGCUCCCUGCGGCUCUCUCCUGUGGCUUCCGCCUCGCCCCGGCCCUGCCCGCCUGGCCCAGGAGAGGGAUGCUCUCCUACCCUUUUGGCCACCAAGUGGUGCGCACAGAUCCUGCCACCGAUGGCACCGAUGGAUUCUUUGUUGCACUCUUUGAGCGCCACGUGGCAGGUGUUGCUGACGUGGCAGGUGCUGCUGACGUGGCAGGCGUUGCUGAUGUGGCAGGUGCUGCUGACAUGGCAAGCAUUGCUGAUGUGGCAGGUGCUGCUGAUGAGGCAGCAAAUGCUGAUAGAACAACAGUGAUGACGGGAGCAGAGGUAGCAGAUCCGGAGGUUCGGGAGUCCCGUGCUGCUAAAAGGAAGCGGCAGAGACGAGCGAAAGCAGCAAUGGAUGAAGGGAACGUGAAGGUUGCUAGAGGAACAAGCGAGGUAGGGGGAAACCCGACACGUGGGGAGUGA